UUUUGUACAGAUUUGAAUGUUUCAUGCGUGAGUCUACACUUUGAGGUUUUCCUUGAAUGAUCUUGUGACGAGGUUUGUUGUCAACAAUUUUAAUUCAGACAAUAAACUUCUUUUAUGACCAAAAAGGUUCGAAGUAAAGUACUCAUUGUCUAAACCUCAAAUUGACAGCAAUUAUUUCUUCUCUCAAAAUAAAAAUGUCAUAACUCGGCCAUCAUAAAUUUUCUGUGACAUGAAUAAUGGAUUCGAAAGAUAAGAGGAAACCUUUGAAUUAUCGUGAACACAUUGCCAGCCGAUAUUACGAAUCUCAUGCAGGACAUCUUUUUGUUAACAACGUAAACCCUUUCCAUACAGUCGGAGGUCAAACCGGUGACGCAAAAGAACAGACUAACAGUAAACGGAAAAAUGAAGAAUUUGAUUAUCACGAUAAUAGACAAUUUGAUUAUCACGAUAAUAGACAAACUCAAGAACUCACUGCUUCGCCGUCUAGGGAAAUCGUAAAUGAUAUUCUGAAAAAUUAUCCGUUCAACGGAAAUGUUAUUGUGAAUGACGAAUACAAUGAGAUACACGAAGCUUUUUUAGCUGGACAUCCGAGAACAGUCUCACAGCCAAUGGUUAGCAUGUCGACAAAUGUAUUUAAUACUGAAUAUGUGAGUUGUUCAAGAGAUGUGAAGAAAACAUCACAAUAUGAUCAUAAAGUUAGGUUUGGUGAAUAUGAUCAGCAAAAUAACAACCAAAGAGCCUUGUCUAACGAUGAGAUUAUGACGGAGCCACGACCAGAUGGAAACAAACGUUGUGAGAAAACUACAUACUGCCGUCCAUUACUAAAUAUGUAUAACCAACAAUUCAUAUAUAAAACUAUGCAAAGAAAUGCUAGGUUACAGACACUGGUUAGGAAAUUAGUGAUUGCGCGGGAAAGAGAAAAACGUAGAGAGGCAUGGAACAACUACAUCAAUGAUUUGAAGAAUAAGCACAGGUAUUACAGUAACGAACCAAAUACAAUAUCACCUCAGUAUGUACCAGGAGAUUACAACCCUCCGGCGACGAUAGACGAUUUUUAUAAUGUGAGAAGCCACUGGCCUCAGUCAAACCCCUGUCAACAUUUGCUCGAUGAUCUAUACGGGGGUUAUACACCAACAAGUGCAUUAAGGGGGUAUUUAUGCGAUUACGACUCUAGUGUACCUGAUGUCAGAAUGUUUGCUUACGAAAAUAACCGCAUUUGUUACCCUACAUCUUCCCAGGCUUGUAUGCUUAAAUGGAAUAAAGAAAGAUUAAGCCAGGGUUAUUCAUAUGAAUUUGGCUCUAGACCUAGAUAUUAUCGUGGAAAUACUAUAGUUAUCGAGAAUGAUCAAAAAUAUUCGUUUGAUAAAUUACAAGGAACUACAAGACCGUAUCCUAUUCACCCUUUGAGCCCAACAAUAAGAACGCCAUCACCACCAAGUAAUUCAAUGACGCAAAGUCAAACAGAUGAAACUAUAAAAUCAGGGAACCCCACUCCGUCUGCUCGAUACGAAAAUGAAAACCUUCUACCGGAUGUUAAGGAAGAAUUAGAGUUUACAACCGAGAUUAAGCCAGAACCAUCCCCAGAUGAAGAUGGAAUAUAUUAUCCAUUUAAUAAAGGUACAAAUACAAUGGACAGGGAUGUAGCAACACCAUUGCAACAAAAACAACUGGAGAAACCGACACCUUCUAAAGAUAAAAAGAAAGUCAAUCCUCCUAAAUUUGAUAAGGACGAGGGUUCCAAAAAGCUAGAAGAUUUCAAAAAUAAAAUGGUCGAAAAAUUUCGUAAUAAACAAAAAGAACCUAGCAACGAAUAUGAACUUAAACAAUCUGAAUCAUUUAAAGAAAAAUUUAAAAAAGUCACUGAUAACAUUUCAAGGUUAAAAGAAAAAAUGCGACAAAACGACGAAGAUACAAAACUUAGAACUUUAACUACAAUUGAAGCAAAAAUUGAUGGUAUAAUGAAAUCUAUCAACUCGAUAAUGUCGGAAAUUAAAGUGAAGAAAAAUAAAAUACUUUCGGCCAGAAAAACUACUGCAGUAUCUCGUUGUACCACAACGGUUACCAAUAGCGGAAAUGAUUUAAACCGUCAUCGAAGUGACCCAUACGGGUUUAUCAAAAAUGAAGAACAUUUAGUUGGAGUGGUACACAGCAGUUCCAGGAGUGUAGCAAUUACUGAAGUUGGACCGAGUGAUCUGAGAAGACACAGAGACUCCAGUACUUCCAGAAUAUUAUUAGAAGAAAUGAAAAAGAGUGAUAAAGUUAAGAGAGACAUUGAAGAAUUGCUGAAGCUUCGUAACGAGAGACACGAUUGCUCAGUGAAUAUAACAUUUGAUAUUCCAACUAGAGAUCGAUCGACCGAAGUAACAAAUUCUCUGUCUAAAGCUAAAUUCAAAUCUGUAAGCGCGACUGUAAUUACAGAUAUACCACUGAGUAGUAGAAUGAAUCAGGAGCACCAGCAGAUGACUAUAGCUGUGAAUACUGAUCCUCUGGGCUUUCUGGCUCUGCUGAGGGUGUCCACGGAGACGGUGAAGCAGCUGCUGUCGUACGUGCCGCACCUGAACAGCAUCUCGUACCAGUCGCUGCUGCCGCUGCCGGCGGCGCAGGGCGUGUCGCACUACAUCUGCAACAUCUGCGGCGCCGCGUUCGGCCGCCCCUCGGAGCUCAGUGACCACAUUGAAAAACAUAAUUUGGGAAAGACAAAGGAUUGUUGUGUAUGCCGCCACACGCUGGACCUGCGGCACGCGCGGCCCGGUCUGUUCACGUGCCAGUGCUGCGGCCAGAGGUUCACCAGGGCCUACUGCUGCGAGCUGCACCAGCAGAGCUGUGCCAAGCAGCAGGGCAUGCCGCGAGACGUCCCCUCCGGGAACGUGCUGCUCCGGUAG